ACAACAGCAACCGUGCUUAGUGUAGAGUUUGACACUUGGUGCGUAGAAUAAUAUCAAAGAGAAGUAGCUUUCUGUGUUUGUAGCCGUUGCUAAAUUAUUGAAUCAACAAAAAUUGUAAACAAAUGGAAAUUGAAUUAAAUACUACUAAUCUACGUAAAUUGUGCCGUAUUUGCUUGGGAGCAGGUGAAUAUAAUUUGUGGGAGCACAAUGUGUGUUGGAGCAAUAUUGCGAUGGGAAGAGAUGAGAUGGAAGCAAGCAGUCAAGAUACUAAAUUUAUAACUGUACACGAAGUACUACAAAUGUACAAUGAUUGGCAACAUACAAUACUUGAAAUGGAUGAAGAAAUACAGUUGAUAUGCAAAGAUUGCUUGAAUGAGCUUCAGCCUCACUAUCGCUACUACAGACGCUUGGUUGAUGCAAAUAAACAAAUGAAGCAGCUUUAUGAGGAAGCGCUUCAACAGGAAGGCAAUAAACCAGAAUUGAUGGCAGAACAAAUGAUUAUUGAAGAUGCGGGAUUUGAGAACAAUUUGUCAGAGUUUUUCGAUAUAGCACCGAAAGAACCACAACCAGACCAGAGUGCAAAUAUUAUAAUAUAUUCGGAUAAACUAGAUUUGGCUGCAUCACACACACAAACAACAGCAACCAAACAAGCACAAAAGCGUAAAUUCGUGAGAAAUCCGACAUUUAUACUAACAGGUGGUGUGACACAAUUACUUGCACAUGCAACAGGCGCAACAAGUUUUGGGACGACACAAGAAAUUUCUGCUCAGUUACCGGAGACGAGUUCGUUAUGCAGUCCAGCAAAACGGAAACGAAAGGAAGUGGAUAUGGAAUUGCCUGAGCAAGAAAAAGAAGCAAGUAGUGAUUUAAUUAGGGAGCACACAGUGAAUGCUGUUAACCUAAGAAUGGCUGGUGGUAAUACAUGCAGCAACAGUCAAGAAGUAGAAGAUGGUGCUGUAGUAACUUCAGUAGAAAAAAUUGUGCAAGGAAUUCCGCCUAAUGAAAUACUAAAAUUUGGGUUUGACCCUGAUGAAGAAUUCCAUGAACUCGUUACCACCAACCAGGAGAAAGAGACGCCACUUGAGAGUGAGAACGAAGAACAGGCUGCAUUGCCGUUCUCAACACUCAGGGCAGAUGAUGCUGGCCGCUCCAUAUACGUGUGCAAAUAUUGUCCUCAAGCUUUUACAGCACCCUCCUUUUUGCUUACUCAUGCGCGAAAGUCGCACGCCUGUAAGUAUUGUAGUAAAGCGUUUGUAAAGACCGUGGAUUUAUUUGCACAUGUCAAAGAAGCUCAUCAGGAGCACAAGUGUGACAUAUGUGGCAAAGAGCUUAGUACCAGUGGCAAUUUGCGUGCGCACAUAAGGCGCAUACAUCGGUUAAAAAUGCCGAAAACUAUGCCGGCUCAGUUAUUUGCAAAGAAUCGUACUAACCAGCAGAUGAGUAUUAUUAAUGAAGAGAGUGGAGAUGGUGGAGGGGAAAGUGCUUAUAUUGAAGAAACCUCACAAUCGAUGACGGCUGAAUAUCUUGACUGAAGAAUAUUUCUGAUUUAAUGUACAUAUAAGAAUUUGAAUGUGGUAAGAAUUUUACUCACUUGUCAUAAUUGUUUCAUGAAAGAAUUAUAAAAAAAAUUAAAAAUAUC